UUUUUGCCGUGAAGAAAACCGGAGUCGAGGUCGGCCUCAUCCUUGCUUAUAAAUAGAAGCAUGCGACGUCUUGCCUGACUCCAGUCCGACGACGAUGGUGCAAAAGCGAAAAGUGGACGCCUUCUUCGAGAUACCCAACGAACUCGUCGAGUUCAUCAAACGGGAAAUCGGUGAAGAUGACGACCGAAUCACACAUGUUGAAGAUUUACUCAAACAGAGGAUGCAUUUCGAUCAACACAUGCCCAAAAAUUACGACAAAGCCAUGGCUCGGAAUUUCAUCCGGGGGGCGAAAUUCAACCUAGAGAUCACCCGGAGGAAACUAGAGGGUUAUUUUUUGGCCAAACACACCUUCCCCUUGUUCUACCACAACAGAAACCCCAACUGUAAGGAUUUGUUACGGGCCUGCGAUACGGUGAAUAUUGCAAGGAUGCCCAAAUUGACCCAAGACGGUGAAAGAGUCUGUAUUUUGUCACUGGCCGAUUCUAAUCCCAAUAAUUUUGAAGUGGUCGAUGUUUUGAAGCUCUUCUGGAUGCUCUACGACUUGACCCUCACGUGCACCUUCCCCAUCGUCAGUGAAAUAUUCAUCUUCGACUGUGCGGGCAUCAAACCCGAUCAUUUAGUGAAACUCCUCAGUGCGCCGUUCAAAAACUCCAUUUCGAUCCUUCAGGACGCUUACGCGGCCCGCGUGAGUCAACUCCACGUGGUCAAUUGCCCGCCAAUGGCCGAGAAAAUGAUCGCCGCUAUUCGGCCCCUCAUCCACGAGAAGGUCAAAAAGCGGUUUAUUGUUCACAAGGGAGUGGAGUCACUGCUUAAUCACUUGCAACCGAAAGUGCUACCGGUCGAAUACGGGGGGCAUCUGGAAAGUAUCAGGGAUUACAGUAGGUCAUGGCAGGAGAUAUUGGUGGAGAAUGCGGAUUGGUUCGAGGGACAAGAGGGUGUGAAAAUUACGGGAACGCCCCCAAAGAAGAAUAAGUUUAACAACAAAAACCUAGAGGGUAGUUUUAGACAGUUGAAUAUUGAUUAAAGUUAGUUAAUAAGUCUCGACUGUGAUUUCAAUUAUUUCAAUUUUUAUUUUACACAAACAAUACAAAAUAACUUUUACAAAAAAAAAAACAACAACACUUGGCAACUAAAAACCCUAACCUAGAAUUAAGUCAUCGGAAAAAAAUAGAUGUUCUUCCUUAAUUAA